CUGUAUGCAAAACCGUGAACUGCUCUGCAUCUUUACUGCACCUACAGUCAUCACACUAACCAAUUUAAAGAGUUGCGUUAUUAUGUUUAAUGAGUGUAAAGACAGCUGGAUAGUUAGAUUAUUUAAUGUACGUGUUAAGUACCUCAUUCACGUAAAACAGAAAAUGAUCAAAACUUUCUCAAAUAUUGUGGAACAGUAUUAAUUAAAAUGUAAUGUUUGCCGAUUCCAGACUGCAUUGAUCAGCACGUAACGUCAGUAUUGAUAACUUUGCAAAACCAAAGUCAAGUGCAAUCCAAUUGCACAGUUCAAAAUUGACCAGGACUUCAGAAAUGCAGGAAUACUUUUUAAACAUCGCUUUGUACUUUCUAUUGCCUCGCUUCUACUCCAGAAUCCUAGUAUAGUUGUAUGGAGUUUUUUAUUUGUAUUUAAAAAACAAGAAAACAGAUCAAGAAGCAGCCAACGCAGGGAGUCCAGCCCAGAUAUUUAGUCUAGCCAGGGAGGAAAAAAUAUCUCUUCAAUAUCCCCCAAGAUGGCCGCCAAUGUGGGAUCGAUGUUUCAAUAUUGGAAGAAAUUUGAUCUCCGUCGGCUUCAGAAAGAACUUAAUUCUCUUGCUACAGAACUGGCAACUCGGCAAGAGGAGACAGAGCAUUCUCAUAAACAUUUAAUUGAACUGAGUCGAGAGUUUAAAAAAAAUAUACCUGAGGACAUCAGGGAGAUGGUGGCUCCUGUCCUUAAAAGCUUCCAAGCAGAGGUAAUUGCACUAAGUAAAAGAAGUAAGGAGGCCGAGUCUGCUUUUCUUAGUAUAUACAAACAAUUAAUUCAAGCCCCAGAUCCAGUUCCUGUACUUGGAGCAGCACACAGUUUGGAAGAGAGGUUGCAACAGCUUCAUGGAAGUGAUCCUGAAAACCAUACAUUGAAGGAACUCUCUAAAUGCUGGAGAAAACAUCUGGACUUGCACAGCACAGAAGAGCAGAGCGAAACGUCUCCAGCUGGGAUCACGACGACGGAGGAGUCCCAUCAUUUCAAUCUUAGCAGCAAAGCACUUUCCACAAAAUCCCUGGCACUGAAAAAUGAGGCAGAAAAAGAAAAGGGACUUCAGGAAACACAGAUCACAUUGGCUGCCAGACUGGGGGAAGCCGAAGAGAAGAUCAGAGUCUUGCAUUCAGCUUUGAAGACAACACAAACAGAACUGCUGGACCUGCGGUGUAAAUACGACAAAGAAGCUGCUUCCAAGGCAGAUGAAGUGGAAAUGAUCAUGACGAAUCUGGAAAAAGCCAAUCAGCGAGCAGAGGCAGCCCAGAGGGAAGUGGAAAGUUUGCGGGAGCAGCUAUCAUCGGUAAAUAGUUCCAUUCGACUAGCGUGCCGUUCUUCACAAGGAUCCAUUGGGGAGAAAUCUGAUUAUUCAUUAUGUUCUGGGUCGAGAAUGGAGACUGUACUGGCCGUGAAGGAAAGGGAGGUCAUUCGCCUUUUGAAAGAAGUUCAGCAUCUUCAGGUAGCUUUACAAGAACUGGAAGAAACUUCAGCAAAUCAGAUUUCAGAGCUGGAACGACAACUUGCCUUGAAGACUGAAGCUAUUGAGAAGUUAGAGGAGAAGCUUCAUUCCCAGUCCGAUUAUGAAGAAAUUAAAACAGAACUUAGUAUCUUAAAAGCUAUGAAGCUUGCUGCUACAAACUGCAAUGUGUCCCAGGGAGCCUCAAAAUCCACAGAAGCUUUGUUAGCAGAGAAAGAGGCCUUCUUCCAGUCUCGGAAGUACUUGCUUGAAAAGCAGAACCUUCUCACCAACAGUGAGGAAGAUCAUUCUGAAGACGACUCUGUGAAAGAUUCUGCAGGAACAGAUCAGCCUUAUCCCUCCCCUCAGCAAACACCACGUCUGAUUGGAGAUGGACCAUCUUCCCCCAGCUUGGGUCAGGCCUUAUCUGCACCAAGUGCAGGACGUGAAACACCAAGACCCUUCUCAUUGUCUUCAUUCCCCAGUACCACUGCAAAUGGCAGGCUAUCAGUGGAUAGUCUACUCCAAAAACAUGGAAUCUCAUCAGUGUACAAAAGUGACAGCAGCAAUAUAGUUGCAUUCCCGUCAUCAUUUUAUACAGCUAAAGGGGCUCUGCUUUCUUCCAGUUCUAAUCCCAACAUAAACAACAGCGAUACAGGCCCUCCCAGUGACCAGUCAGAAAGCAGCAGUUCCAGUGCAGUGGACGAUGAACAAUUAGACACAGCUGAUAUUGCAUUCCAAGUCAAAGAGCAACUGUUAAAGCACAAUAUUGGACAGCGUGUGUUUGGACAUUAUGUCCUUGGGCUUUCACAGGGAUCUGUCAGUGAGAUACUUGCCAGACCCAAACCAUGGCGUAAACUCACAGUGAAAGGAAAGGAGCCAUUUAUCAAAAUGAAGCAGUUUAUUUCUGAUGAGCAGAAUAUCCUGGCACUUCGGACAAUUCAAGUGCGACAGCGAGGUAGCAUAACUCCAAGGAUAAGAACUCCAGAAACUGGAUCAGAUGAUGCUAUUAAAAACAUCUUGGAACAGGCCAAAAAAGAAAUACAGUCUCAGAAAGGAGUUGAAAACAAAAAUUCUGCAGCAGUGCAGUCUGCUUCAAACAGCAACAGUAACAGUGGUUCUGAAGAUGCCAUUAAAACCAUUCUGGAGCAAGCCCGAAGGGAAAUGCAGGCCCAGCAGCAGGCUCUAAUGGAUAUUGAAUCUAGUAACUGUGGCACUUCAUUACCCACCCCUCCCUCUGAAAGGCCUGCAUUAUUCCUUCCCAGCAAAAUCACUUCUUCUGCCUACAUCAAACAAGAGGAAGGCACAACAACCAGCACUGUAACUAUUAACUGUACACAGACACCUCUGAGUGUCCUUUCCCCUGCAGCUUUUGUUCAAAGUAUAAUCCGUAAAGUCAAGUCUGAAAUUGGAGAUGCUGGCUCCUACUUUGACCAACACUGGGCUUCAGAAAGAAAUCUGAUAGGACAACCUUAUGCUGCAGUGUCACCAUCUCUAUCAUCCUCCUCAGGCUAUUCUGGCAUGGGAAAUGGUAGGCCAUGGACUCGUAUGGAAAAUGGGGACAGCAUACCAAACGGUGAGGAAGCUGUAGCAGAAGAUGAUGAUCCUACCAAAGCCUUAGAAACAAAAUCAGAAGGGGGAACUAUAGACUCACAGAAUCUCAGUCGUCUUUCCUAUUAUCCAGCAUACAUCCCAAGAACACUAAAACCCACUGUACCUCCCCUGACUCCUGAACAGUAUGAGAUGUAUAUGUAUCGGGAAGUUGACACCAUAGAGCUGACCAGACAAGUCAAAGAAAAAUUAGCAAAAAAUGGAAUCUGUCAAAGGAUCUUUGGAGAAAAGGUGCUAGGAUUAUCUCAAGGAAGUGUCAGUGACAUGUUGUCCAGGCCAAAACCAUGGAGUAAGCUGACCCAGAAAGGCCGUGAACCAUUCAUCCGAAUGCAGUUGUGGUUGACCGAUCAGCUGGGACAAGGGCUCAGCCAGCAGACGAAUCUGCCACAAACAAGUCCAGUACAGCUAAGAUCUUCCCCGUCACCUCCCCCCAGUCCGCAUGAGCAUGAAAGAAGCCCCCAGGAAGCUGUAAACUUCACCUUGGAAGGUGGCAAAGAAAACCAGCAGCCUCUGCUCCAGCCUACCUCAUCCUCAUUAAGCAUCAAAGAGAUUUCUAACAACCACUCAUCCAUGCGAAUCCAGGAGUUAGUGGCGAUGUCACCCGAACUGGACACGUACAGCAUCACCAAGAAGGUCAAGGAGGUGUUAACAGAUAAUAACUUAGGUCAGAGGUUGUUUGGAGAGAGCAUUCUGGGGCUGACACAGGGCUCUGUUUCAGACCUGCUGUCUAGGCCGAAGCCAUGGCACAAGCUUAGCCUGAAAGGGAGAGAGCCGUUUGUUCGAAUGCAGAUCUGGCUUAAUGAUCCGCACAAUGUGGAGAAGCUUAGGGAUAUGAAGAAAAUGGAGAAAAAAGCUUACCUGAAGCGCCGCUACGGCCUGAUAAGUGCCAGUUCUGACAGUGACUCCCCCAGCACAAGGUCUGAAUGUGUCAGUCCUAGCCUGCUUCCACAGGACUUGAGCAUUCUCCAGAUUAAAAAGCCAAGGGUGGUGUUAGCCGCUGAGGAGAAGGAGGCCUUAAAGAAAGCCUAUCAGCUGGAACCAUAUCCAUCUCAGCAAACCAUCGAGCUUCUAGCCUCUCAGCUGAACCUCAAGACAAACACAGUUAUCAACUGGUUCCACAACUACAGGUCACGAAUACGCAGGGAAACAAUCGUAGAAGGUCUUCAGGAUGACACAGACCAGGAAGCAAGCAGCUGCGGAGGUUACACAUCAACUGUGGCCCAUGGCUUCGACAAUCCAGACAGCCCUGACUCAGAAAUGGAGGACAACAAGCCAGACUUGGCAGAAAUAGAGCCUGGUAUGCAGCCGCGCUACAAUCCCCUUACGGCACAAGGAGAACCUGUGAUAACUAUUAAACAGGAGCAGCUAGACGACUGUGAGGAAGAUGAUUACUAUGAUCGAUGUGAUUCUGUCAGUGCUGAUGAUGAUACAGAGCAGACAUCUGAAGAAGUUAAGCUUUCUGGUGGACUAAAGGAGGAAGGACCAGAACCUCUGCUCAACAAGAAACCUGUCUCACAAAAAACUCCUCCAAAGCCAGUGACAAGCCUUGUAAAAAGCAACUCUUUGUACAAUAAAGACCAACUGAUGUCUCUGCAUUCCAGGUCACCUGCUUUCCCAGAAUCUUUAUCGCGGUAUGAAUCUAAGCUCGAAGAAGGUGCAAUGGAAAGCUCACUCAACGAUCCAGUUAGUUUCAGAUCAGCUUCAGAGCUUUCCCGCAGCAGUUUGGAAGUGUCUCUAAAUUCACCUUCUGCCGCUUCUUCUCCUGGCCUUCUGACAUCGGCCUCCCCUGUACCGCCUACAUCUGCUCCUACAUCCCCUUCAGUGGCCAGCACUGCACUUACUGAUGUCCAGAAUUCAGUUCCACUCACUGAAAUGGCAUGUCAGCAGCAGAGCACAAGGUUAAGUAAAAAUAUUCAAAGGCGGAAUGAGAAGAUGGCCAACUUGAACAACAUAAUUCAUCGGCUUGAAAGGGCAGCCAACAAAGAAGAAUCGCUAGAGUGGGAGUUUUAAUAGACGUCUCUCACUGUUUUAGACAAUUAGAUACUUUUAUGAAAAAGAAAAUCAGGAGGAAUGCAGACUCUAUAAGAGUAAUAAUUUUUAUGAAUUGAACAGCUUAUGCUCACUGCUAAAAAUAACAAAAAAAGUGUAAAGCUUCCAGAAUCUUAGCAGCAAAUAGAGGGAAACUGUUGAUCACAGAUUUUAUUGCUAACUCUGGAACUCUUUUAAAAAAAAAUAUUUAUAAACAUCUUUUAGAUAUUUUAAUAAAAGGAUACUUUGAAAUUUAUUGACAGCUCUAGCUGUUUUGAUAUUAAAGAUAUUAUAGAAUUGAAAAAAAUGUAGCAGAUGUGUCAUUAAAUGUACACUGAGGUCCUGUAGUUUGCCACUGGAAGAGAUUAAAAGCUUUUCAUUUAAAGCCAUCUAGAAGCACUCUGAAACUGACCAAAUUUAAUACCUUUUGAAUAGCAGUUUUUCACUUUUGUCUUUAAGAAGAUGUAUUACUGUUACCAGUUUAAAAAAGACUGUGUUAUAGUCCAAAAGACUCUAAAUGGGAAACACUGACACCAUCGGACAUUUACGUAGCUGUGGUUAUGUGUUUUUCUUUUUGUAACAGAGAAUGUCAUGUGCAGCUGUAUUAUAUGUUGUAGAAAUGUCCACGCUAGCCUUUCUGAACAAAAUAUAGCAUGGUACACAUUUUGCCCCUUUGAUCCCAUUAGGUAGUGAGCUGUGAUAAAGUGGGGGUGUCGUAUUAAAAUUUUAAAAAUGAAAAAAAAAAAAAACAUCCAUCUGACUAGUGCUUGUUAAUGAACUAGCCACUGUCCUUAAACAUCAUUCUAGUUAUCACUCUUCAGCUGGACACCAGCCCAUGAAAGACAUUUAUCCGUCCUCACUGAUAAAUAUACUUGAACACCACCACACAACGCACCAAGGACAGUGUUGUGUACUUUAAUCACAAUUUUUCUUAGCUCAGGUGCACUCUUCAGCAAGAGUACCUUAGAUGCAUGUUAGGUAAACAUCAAGCAGAGCAACAUUGCAAAUGUUUUGUAAAUCAAGUGUUACAAAAUAGUCACCAUCACUAGUUACUCACAAAAUAGGAAACAUUUUAAGGUAAAAAAUGUGAGGCUGUAAUUGAGCCACUGGCCUACAUAUUUCAAUUAAAAGUGACUGCUGUUUUCAGUCAUGGAAUCACUCAUUGUUAUAGUGCAACUGGAUUGAUUAAGCACUUAAGUACAGUCAUCAUCCAUAAAUCCUGUUGUACUAAAAGCCAUUAAACACCAUCAUCACUAAUAACCGGUAAGACAAUAUACUUAGUUUUGUUCCAACUGACUCUAGGCAAUCAGCAAGAUUUAUAUUAAUAGUUCUGUACACUGUAAUGAAAUGCAACUUUGGGUUAAGAUCUUGUUCCUUUAGCCUUUUUACUUAUAUGAGUUACAUCUUUUACUUGAACGUGUGUAUGCAAUGAAUUGUCCUUUCUAUACUUUUGUUGUAUUUUAAGUGGACAGUGGUGCCACCCUGUGAAGACAUCUGGAAAGAAAAUAGUUCCUAGGUACCAAAUAUUUAAUGUACAAUAAAUGACUACUGAAUACACAAAUAAAUGUGUAUGAAAUUAUGUGUAA